GUAAGCCGUAGUUUGCUAUGAUUUGACUUUUUUCCUCCAACAGGACUCGUUAGAGACGCACGCCAGCCCGUGUCUUCAUUUAGGUUGGCUCCAUCCUUCAUCAUUAUGGAUGAAUACUGUUUCUGAAGAGGACAGAACUCCACCUAACUAGGAAGAUAUAUUUAACUACCUGUACUGUUUUUUCCAAAGAUAGUGUCGUCGAAUAACGUAGGAUUGCGCAGAAUGUGGACACAACAAGAAAUGCGCAAAGAGGCUGAAGAGAAAGUGAGGAAAAGUGAAGUGUGAGGCUGAGAAUGUGGCGGGGACACCACGGGGCAACUGGGCUGCAAGUUUCCUGAGCUUUGGAGAUCUGACGAGGGCGCAACAAGAGGGGAAAGUGUUAAUGCUGCGCGCAGGAUCAGCCCUGCUGUAUUCACUGGCAGAUCAGUGCAAUACCUUAUACUAUAUUUAGAUGAAAGUAUAGGAACAAACAGUGAAAGGAGAUCAACCUUGAUUCAAGACGAGUUUAAAAUCCAACUGGAUCCAAAUUAAUCUUCAAUAUACUACUUCCAGAAGUAUUCGACUGCACCCUCCUCCGAACCUUUUCCCUUCAAUUUUGCAAUUCUGAUUCCCGAAGUGGCUCCGAAGUGGUGUUGCGGCUCCUCGUCCCCGGCGGAUCCGGAGAUUGGGGUCUCUGCACCGGGAGGAGGCGGAGUGGGAGCUCCGGCCACACCGCAGGCUCCUAAGAGCGGCCGCGUCAAAAGGAUGGUGCGUCUGGCGGCGGAACUGCUGCUCCUCCUGGGACUACUUCUCCUUACCUUGCACAUCACGGUACUGCGGAGCAGCCCGCUGCCGCAGGGAAACGAAACUCUGAGCCGAGAUCAGGACACAGCACUUACAGAGGGUGUCCCCAGGGAAUGGCAGGGAGCCAGCAGAGGGAUGGGAGAUGAGGCAGGGUCAGAGAUCAGCCCCCUGCACCAGACGCACCUCCCUUUAGUUAACAAUAUAAAUGCAAAAAGCAGCUCUUCGUCCAAACUGGCUUCUGAAGACCGGAAGUCAGAACACCGGUUGGCCCACCGGCCUGCCACCCUCCCCUGGGCACAAGGCACCAAUGUCCACCGGGACGGCCCUGGAGCCUUCCUCCUAGAUCUGCACAACUUCCCCGACCUCUCCAAAGCCGACAUCAAUGGCCAGAAUCCCAACAUACAGGUGACCAUUGAAGUGGUGGAUGCAUUGGAGGGCCAUGAGCCAGAAAAAGGCCUCCGUAAGGAGAGCAAACCAAACUGGGCUUCUCCAAACUGGAGAAACUGGUGGCCUCGCUCUUCUUCACCCUCCUCCUCUUCCACAACUCAUCAGACGGAGGAGAAAGAUCUCACCUAUGGGAGCAACCGCGAGGACAGCAACUUCCUCAGGCCGCCUGCAGACUGGGACAGGAGAGGAGGCACCGGGGUUGGAAGCAAAGCUCAAACUGAAUAUGACUAUAUGGACGGAGAGGGGGACUGGAGUGACUGGACUCCGUGCAGCGUCACCUGUGGGAACGGAAACCAGAAGAGAACCAGGUCAUGUGGUUACGCCUGUACAGCCACUGAGUCAAGAACUUGUGAUAUGCCCAACUGCCCAGGUAUUGAAGAUGCCUUCAAGACAGCAGCUACUGAAGUGAGCCUGUUAGCUGGAACCGAUGAGUUCAAUGCCACGGAGCUCUUUGGCGUUGACACAGACAGCUGCGAGCGAUGGAUGAACUGCAAGAGCGACUUUCUGAAGAAAUACAUGACCAAGGUGGCAAAUGACCUUCCCAGCUGCCCUUGCUCUUACCCCACCGAGGUUGCGUACAGCACCGCAGCCGUACACGAUGUUCCUACACGGCGAGAUUUCCGCUGGAAAGAUGCCAGCGGGCCAAAAGAGAAGCUGGAGAUCUACAAGCCCACGGCCCGUUACUGCAUCCGCUCCAUGCUCACACUGGAGUCCACCACACUGGCAGCUCAGCACUGCUGCUACGACGACAACAUGAAGCUCAUCACUCGCGGCAAAGGAGCAGGCACACCCAACCUCAUCAGCACAGAGUUCUCAGCUGACCUGCACUACAAGGUGGACAUCCUGCCCUGGAUCAUCUGCAAAGGAGACUGGAGCCGCUACAACCAGGCCAGGCCGCCAAACAACGGGCAGAAGUGUCCGGAGAACCCUCAGGACGACGACUACUACAAACAGUUUGAAGAAGCAAGGGAAUUCUAGCCGGCUCCGCACAUGUUCAGCUAAACCUCAACAAUGGUACCGUUUUAGAUCCAAUAACACAAGAACUUUUAGGCUCUGAGGAACAAGACUUACUACUCUUCUGAACAAAGAGGAAUGAAAAUCCAGAGUCAGAACACUUAUUCGCUCACUAAGAACUUUUCUUGACUUCACCAAAACCAGGCAGAUGACGUUGCUCUGUUUUUGUUUUGUUUUACAAAAUACGCCUCUGAAAAAAAAGUAUUUGCGAUAAUAACUCUCAGAUCUGGUUACUAAAGAGAGCACCACAUUUGUAUUCUUAAAAAGGGAAAAUUAUUAUUCCAGGAAUGUUCGUUUAGAUUGUGUCCAUGUUCGUGUCCAUAGAUUGUUUAUGUUUGGUGAAUCUGAGAGGCCUGUGGUAAUAGAAUAAUGAGAUCCUUCAGGAAUGUGUUGGGUGGGGUAGCAGAGGACAGGGUUAUCUAAUUUUCUCCCGGUUUGCCAUCCACAAUAUCCAGGUUCUCAUUGUAAACUUGUGAGUCUAUUUAGCAUGCACAUUCUUUAAAACCAUUCAUUUACCACCAUGUCCCUUGUGUCUCUGAGGCAGAUCCUUAUUGUAAAAAGCCUGCAUUAUUUUUGUAAAGUAUUUAUUAACUUGUAGCUGUGUCUGAGUUGGGUGUAUAUGACUGUGCUUUCACAUAUGGCUGAAUGCUUACUUGAGACUCCUCUCCAGCUCAAACUGUGGCAUAAAUGUGUGUAUUCAUGCCUCAAGUGAGGAUUAAACCGUAAUUGAGCAUAAAGAAUGUGUAAAUUCAACUGUAUGGAAAGAUUUUUUGAGAUAUAAAUCUAUAAAUAAAUGUUGAAAAAUCCAA